AGCAUCGCCGCUGCAUCGCCGAUGCAGCGCCCCAGGGGUGUAGUGUCGUACGCCGAGCACACGGCCAGGACCCUCGGCCACUCCCCAGGGCUUUCGAGUAGCACAACAUUUGUGAGGCGGAUUCGGGCGGCCUGGACACGUGCAGCCACAGCUCCCCGGCCUCGCACCGCGCGGCACCCGGGGGCCGGGGGAGACCCGCAGUGGGCACCGCAGUGGCGCCGCGGCCGCCGAAGGGGCGAGCGCGGCGGCGAGGCCGAGCUCGCGCCAGAAGCGCUCGCGCCGGGACCCCGCUCUGCCGCACGGGCUCCGUCCGGGAGAGCUCGAGGAGGAGGAUCGAGGAGGAGGAUCGAGGAGGAGGAUCACGGAAGGGAGGAUCCAGGAAUUUAGCUGAGGACCUCCAGAGAGGAAGGCGGCAUGCUGGGCUGGGCCAGCUUCGCGUCCAUGGCUGCCGGUCGGUAUUGAUGCGAUGCAAGCAAACAGGAGUUCUGCACGCGCUGGAUCAGGGCGCUACGCUACAGGU